CUGAAUGUCAACAUUAAAGAUGAAGAAGAGGAGGAGAAGAUUGGAGACCAUGUUGAGACAUUCUCUACAUCCAGAGAGCAACAGCAGGAAGAUCACAGAGCUAAGAAGUCUCACCACUGCCCACAUUGUGAGGAGAUUUUCCCAAUUCUAUCAAAGCUAAAAAUUCACCUUAAAUCACACACUGGAGAGAAUCUGUAUCCCUGUACUGACUGUGGGAAGAGAUUCACUACAUCGAGGUCUCUGACAGUUCAUCAGAGAAUACACACAGGAGAGAAGCCUUACUCCUGCUCUGACUGUGGAAAGAGUUUCUCUCGACUGGGCAACUUAAAAACACAUGGAUGUAUACAUACAGGAGUGAAACCUUACUCCUGCUCUGACUGUGGAAAGAGUUUCUCUCGACUGGGUGACUUAAAAACACAUGAACUUAUACAUACUGGAGUGAAGCCUUACUCCUGCUCUGACUGUGGAAAGAGUUUCUCUCGACUGGGCCACUUAAAAACACAUGCACGUAUACAUACAGGAGAGAGGCCUUACUCCUGCUCUGACUGUGGAAAGAGUUUCUCUCGGCUGGGCAACUUAAAAACACAUGAACGUAUACAUACAGGAGUGAAGCCUUACUCCUGCUCUGACUGUGGAAAGAGUUUCUCUCGACUGGGCGACUUAAAAACACAUGAACAUAUACAUACAGGAGUGAAUUCUUACUCCUGCUCUGACUGUGGGAAGAGUUUCACUCGACUGGGCCACUUAAAAACACAUGAACGUAUACAUACAGGAGUGAAGCCAUACCUCUGCUUUGACUGUGGAAAGAGUUUCUCUCUGCUGGAAAACUUAAAAAGACAUGAACGUAUACAUACAGGAGUGAAGCCUUACCCCUGCUCUGAUUGUGUAAAAUGCUUCACAACAUCAGCUGACCUAAAAGUUCAUCAGAGAACACACACAGGAGAGAAGCCUUACUCCUGCUCUGAUUGUGUAAAAUGCUUCACCACAUCAACUGACCUAAAAGUUCAUAAGAGAACACACACGGGAGAGAAGCCUUACUCCUGCUCUGGCUGUGGAAAGAGUUUCUCUCGACUGGGCCAGUUAAAAAGACACCAAGUUAAUCAUAAAGGAGAGAAGCCUUAUCACUGAUCUGACUGUAGAUUUAUUUUUAUUUUUAUCAACAGCUGAGCUAAAAGGGUCAUCAGAGAACACACAGAGGAGAGAAGCCUUACUUCUUCUCUUAAUGUGGCAAGAGUUUCUCCCGAUUGGGCAAUGUAAAAACACACCAACAGAUACACACUUGAGAGAAGCCUUAUCACUGCACUGACUGUGAGAAGAGAUUAUACAGAUUGGUGUCUUUUUAAAUGGCCCAAUGUAUACAUAAAAGAGAGAAGUCUCAUCAGUUUUCUCAGACCAGCUAAGAUUAGUCACUCCACUUAAUUCUCAUCCCAUAAAAUAAUUGGCAACUUUGAAUUGGAUCAAAUGAAGAAAGCGUAGAACACUCUUGUAAUCCUAUUGUUUCUCACUGUGAGAACUAUGCAGAAAGAAGGGAGCAUUAUAUAAUGGUAGCCUCUUCUCUUUACUGAUCAGUGUGCACCUUGUCAGGUUGUAUGUUUUGUUAGCUUCUACUGUAAAGAUAUUGAGACCUUGGAUUGCAAUUAUGAUGGAAUAUCCUCCGUGAGGCGUCUCACUAUGGAGUCUGAUGGUUGACUGGGUGGUGCUGCUUCCCUCUGCAGUUUUCUGUGGGAAUAAGCUUGUAUACACAUAUACUGAGUGCACAAAACAUUAAGGACACCUGCUCUUUCCAUAACAUAGACUGUUUCUGUACAGCACUUUGUGACAUCGGCUGAUGUAAAAAGGGCUUUAUAAAUACAUUUGAUAAAUUUGAUUGUUUGAAGUCCGAGAUCAACAUUCUGGUCCUCCCCUGUGGAAGCCAGACCCCUUCCCAUUGUUUCUGUGUGUAUGAACACAUUUUGAACAAUGGCUUCCUAAAAUGCUGUGGUGUUUACUAACACAAGGUUUUGGUAGAUGUGGACCAUCACAGCUCUUCCACAGCUCUUCCACUCUGAACAAUGGCGCAGGGAAAGGGUAACGCAAGCUUCCUCUCUGGUUCCAUUCCCCAAUAGUACGUGGAUCAUACUUGAAUUGUGGUAGUAAUAUUGUCCCUGGACUUUGGUACCAUAGCAAACACUUAAAAAUGUUUGUUUUUUUAAACCCAAAUACAUUUGUUUAAUUUCACAUUUAUUUAAAUAUGAAAAAUGUCCUUUAAACUGUAUAACAUUAUUAGUAUGUAUUGUAGAACAUACUGGGGGUUAAUAGACAUGUAGAAGUGUAGUGAUAUGUAUUGAGUGGAUACAUAGACAUUUAAAUGAUUUAGCAUGCUAUCAAUUAAACAAACACAUGUUCUGUAUAUAUAACCCAUAGGAUGAGCAGUAGAAUGUAGAAUAUGUAUUUUUCAUUAGCGGAUCAAUCAGGUUCCAUGCAGUUAUCCAAACACAUUCUUCAUCAAGGAUGAAAAUAAUACAUCUAGCUUUAAAAGACAAUGUAGUAAACAUAUGUAGUAGUUUCAACGUAUGUAUAUCAUUAAACAAAAGUCGUUUAGGGAAAGGUGAAAUUUACACAAUUGUUACCCGGAGGAAAAUGAGGGAGUGUCAUGCUUUUUAGAUUUCAGUCAAGGGGAGGGUUUAGUAUUUUUUUUUCAAUUUAGUUCAGGGAGUGUCAUGUAAUUUGCAAUCAAUCAAACGUCACAUUGCUCGGGGUUUGAGAAUUAUUUGCUUAUUAUAUCUCAUGAUGCCCCUCCCUGAUUCUCUGCUGGGUGAGCAAUAUCAAGUGUGGUCUCAAUAAAAUGAUUAAGUUCUGAACGAACAGAGUAGAAACUCAAAUGGACAACUAGUAAAAGCACACACCAGAUUCAUUCAACCUACGCGAUACGUCAGCUGCAAAUACAACAUACAAGUCACACACGGACAUAGUUAUACGUUGCACCACUCACCACCUCCAAGAUAAACAAUCAGUCUAUUUCUCAGAGGACCUAGGUCUGUUCUUUUCACUGGGAUUGUCAUGGCCCUGCCUGAGUCCAGAGCAGCGUGAGUGGAGAGGUGUGGGAGAUAGGACUGUUAGUGUCGUUGGGGUGGAUCCCUCCUCCCAGAGGUUUCUUCUCUCUUCCAACAUGUUCCAUAGACUAUACUAGCAGGCCCAGGCUAUACCAAGACCAUGCUCGGAAAAGAACCGUGCAAAGUUAUAUUUAUGAAAAAAUGUACUUUCUUUCCAUAGUUUUUUGUGUACGAUGGCACUUCAGGAGGCGAGGCUGCAAAAAUACUAAAUAUCUGUGUGCUUGGACUAAGUCUACUGUCCUGUUCAGUUUGAGAAGAUGAGGAAAACUAGAGCUAUGGCUAAAAUUGAUUUGAAUAAAAAGAAUGUUUAAUUGUU